CGCGGUACACGAGGCGCUGGCCACGCCGUCGCGCGGUGAUGACGUCUCCUUAGCAACGCGUUGCGUUGCUAGGGGCGGCCAUGGCGGAGGCGGAGGAGGAGGACGCGGCCCCGCCGCCGCCGCCGCCCGCGGGCAUCUACGCGGAGGAGCGGGGGCUCUUCCAGCUGCUGCAGAACAUGCUUGAAGAGCUAUUAAUUCAUAAGCCAGAUGACCCCAUUGAGUUCAUGAUAAACCACUUAAAGCAAAACAACGAUGAUGCUCCAAGAAUUUGUGUCCUUGGUCCACCUGCUUCUGGGAAAACUACAGUUGCAAUGUGGCUUUGUAAACAUUUCAAUGCCAUACGUGUCUCUCAGGAGACUUUGUUAUUCAAGGAAGUAUUAAUGCAGACAGAGGAAGCAAAGGCAUAUAAAGAAAGAAACCAGAAAAUUCCCAACGCGCUUUGGGCCAAUCUGAUCCAGGAACGUCUGUCAAACGUGGACUGCAUCAAACAAGGAUGGAUUUUGGAAGGCUUUCCUGAAAACCAGGAGCAGGCAUGGAUGCUGCAAUCAUCUGGCAUUUUUCCUAGGCAUGUUGUUAUGCUCUAUGCCCCAGACACUGUGCUGAUUGAGAGGAGUGGUGGGAAAAGGCUGGAUCCCCUCACACAAGAGGUUUUCCACACAACCUUUGACUGGCCAAGUGACCCCCUGGUGCAGCAGAGGUUGGUGAAACCAGAAGAUCUCUCUGAGCAGGAGGUGUCCAAGAAGCUGCUGGAAUAUCACAGGAACUUCCCAGAUAUUUUCCACAUCUACCAGAAAGUUCUGAAAUCCAUCAAUGCAGACCAGCCCUCCGUGGAUGUUCUCUCCAAGGUCCUUGCCUUUGUCCAAACCAGGCACAGAUCUGCUGCCCCCUUUACACCCCGGAUUCUCUUUCUGGGCCCCCCAGGCAGUGGGAAGAGCCUGCAGGCAGCACUGAUAGCUCAGAAAUACGAUGUUAUCAACCUUUGCUGUGGGCAACUGCUAAAGGAAGCUGUUGCAGACAACACAAAACUUGGAGAACUCAUUAAGCCUUACAUUGACAGUGGAUGCCCAGUGCCAGACAAGCUUGUCCUGAAGCUGCUGACAGCACGCCUGAGCGCCCUGGACUGCCUGAGCAAUGGCUGGGUGCUCUCAGGCUUCCCCAGGGACGUGGAGCAGGGAAAGCAGCUGCAGAAAGCACAGAUUAAUCCCAACAGGGUGUUCUUCUUUCAUCUCCCCCACGAGUCCAUCAUGGAGCGCCUGUCCCAGCGGAGGACUGAUCCUGUCACUGGGGAGAGGCUCCUGUGAUGGUCCUGUCUGCUGGGAGGUAUUAAUGUGUUUCCUGCUCAUUAGAGCAAUCUCCUUUGAGUCACUGAGUCACUGUAAGGUUGGCUCAUGUCCGUGGUGUCACAGCCCCUUGUCUCACCAGUGACCUUCAGCUUUCCUGCCUUCUCCACCCUUGAUUUCCAUGGAACAGGUCACAAAUAAAUUUAUCUUCCCAAAGACCUGCUGGAGUUGGCCUGUGGUCACAACUUCACUUGUGGCCUGGUUUUAUGAUUCCCCACAUAUAAAUUUUAAACCCUCAUUUUGGUUUUCUAAAGGCUGAGCGCAUCUAUUGCAUCAAAGACAAAUCCUGAACCCUCAAAGAUGAAGGCCAUAAAGAGUGGAUUUGUCCCAAAGUGAUGGAUGAUUAUUCAGACAUCUCACUCGAGGUGCAGCAUUAACUUGUGACAGCAGCAGUGAUUUGCUGUAACUGCUCUCUUUGCUUUAGUAAUGAGCAAUGUGGUUGUUCAGCAGAAAGGAGCAGGCUGAAGCAAAUCAUUCCCACAUCUUUGCAUUUCUUAUCAUUAGGAUUAGGCUGCUCAGUAUCUGCUCCAGUUCACACGCUUCCCUCUCCCACACUCUGGGGUUUAUUGCUCACAAAUUCUCCGUGAAUUGAAUUCUUUUAGGUGUUGUUUCUAAUCCUUGGCAUGCAGGGCAGGGGGUGGCCUUCAGCUGUGCCCCAAAUGAUUCCCAUGUGGAAUGAACUCUGUGUCCACAUCCUUGGGUGCAGCUCUGCAGAGACACAGACUCUGCUCUCUCCUUGGUUUUGCAUCUAUCCCAAAAUACUUCAGGAAAUUUGUACAGGAAGAGGAUGAGCUGGUGUUGUGUUAGGGCAGAGGAGAUAUUUACUCAGAGUUAGGAUUACCAAUUCUAACAGGGAAUUUAAACCCUUGUUUGCAAAGGAACUUUUAGAGGUUGUUGGGAGCCUUGGGCAAUGCAGGAACAUCAUCAGCAUUCCUUUGGUGUCAGCUGAGCUGGGCUGUGGCACUGCUACAGGACUCUGAGGAUGAAAAUCCUCUUUUCUGCUGAAGUAACUGAGGGAAGCCACAACUGUGAAUUGAGGGAAGCCAAAUUCUGGCAUUUGGAAAAUCAAAAAUAACCAAACCCUAUCUCAGGUGAAUUAACCUCUUUUUACCUUCUGCUACUACAUAAAGCAAUUAAAUGCCUGAGAGCCUUAAACGCAGUUUAAGUGACAGGUCCCAACAAUGCUGGACACAGGGCUGUGUUUAUGUUUAAGGUUAGGUUUUUUUAGAUGCUUUUAAAAAUACAGGAAUCAAAGAUUACAAGUAAAAGAUCUGGAAAUGCUUCUGAACCUGGAGCACUGGGUAAUGUAAUAGAAAUUUCUCCUUGUGGGGAGCAGAUAAACACUACCAGUGUCCCCUCCAGAAAAACCCUUGGCCUUUGAGCAUCCAGAGUUCUUGAGGGCAGCAAUGACAGAUAACCUGCCCUGAAAUUUUGUUCUAAAA